AUGUCUUACAACGAACUUGCGGGGCGAACUUUUAUCGUCACUGGUGCUGCUUCGGGCAUGGGCAAAGCGCUCUCGCUGUUGCUUGCCGAGCAAGGUGCAAAUGUGGCCUUGUUGGACCUCCAACCAUCCGAGGCCGUUGCGGAGGCGGUCGAAGCUGCUGGUGGUCGUGCUUUGACUUUGGCAUGCAACGUGCAGAAUGCUCAGUCUGUCAAUGAUGCGACCAAAGCCGUGGUCGAUCAUUUUGGCGAUUUGCAUGGUGCGGCUAAUAUGGCUGGUAUCGCUUUCACCAAAAAAACGAGCAUUGCGCAAUUUCCGCUGGAAACCCUGGAUGAUGACGAUUGGGAUAUGAUCAUGAAAACCAAUCUAGACGGAGUAAAGAACUGCCUCCGCGCACAGCUGCGGGAAAUGAAAGGAGCCGGAUCAAUUGUGAACGCCGCAAGCAUUGCCGGUCAAAUGGGAGCCUCUGGCUGUUCGCCCUACAUCUGUAGCAAAUGGGGUGUUAUAGGCAUCACGAAGACGGCAGCCAAAGAAGCGGGCAAGCGGGGAAUUCGAGUGAAUGCGGUCGCCCCAGGCAUUAUCCAGACCCCUCUUACAGCACCAGCUAACCCAGCCCGAGCGGCUGCCCUCGCUGCCACAGCUUUGGGUCGUAUGGGUCAGCCUGAAGAAGUGUCGAGGACAAUCCUAUUCCUUUUGAGUGAUCAGUCCAGUUUUAUUACCGCAUCGGUUGUGAAUGUUGACGGUGGAUACUUUUGA